AUGGGGAGAUCACCAUGCUGUGAUAAAAAUGGACUCAAGAAAGGUCCUUGGACUCCUGAGGAAGAUCUCAAACUCAUUCAAUAUAUUGAGGCUCAUGGUGCUGGCAAUUGGAGAACCCUCCCCAAAAAUGCUGGCCUUCAAAGAUGUGGUAAGAGUUGCAGGCUUCGUUGGACAAACUACCUAAGGCCCGAUAUCAAGAGAGGAAGAUUUUCUUUUGAAGAAGAAGAAACAAUCAUCCAGCUCCACAGUGUUCUUGGCAACAAAUGGUCAGCAAUUGCUGCUAGAUUGCCAGGAAGAACAGACAAUGAAAUAAAGAACUACUGGAACACACAUAUCAGGAAAAGGCUUCUGAAAAUGGGAAUUGAUCCAGUAACCCACAGUCCACGCUUAGAUCUCCUAGACCUUUCAUCCCUUCUCAAUUCAUCAUCCUCAUCUUCACCUCAGCUUAACCUUUCAAGCUUACUUGGGCUACAAACUUUGCAAGUUCUCCAGGCCGGGGCUAAUUCAUUCCCUUCUCCUGCAUGUUCUUCAUUCGGGAACCUUGCGGCGCAAGGAAACAACCAGAUGGGAGAUUUUCAGAUGUUUUCAUCGGAUUUGAAUCCUUCAUCAUCAUUUUGUGGAUACGGGACGAGUGAAAAUGCCAGCGUCAAUAAUCAGAACGUCGGGUUGGACUCGGUUUUAUCCACGCCUUUGUCAGGUUCGCCGUUGAAUUCAUCGACCUUGAUCAAUAAUUGUGGCAGUACUACCAGUUUCGAUUUUGAUAAUUUCAUCUGGAAUGGGACAGUUGCUUAUCAAAAACCAAAACUGGAAAACACUAUUGAUACAAACCUUUUGGUUGCUUUGGUGAACAAUUCGCACAAACCAGCUCCAUCAUUGGCACUUGUUUCUCUGCUGGACAAUUUGGUGACGGAAUCAGUCCCGAGUUUUAAAACCUGGCAGCCUACGGAAUUGUCUCCGGCUCAGCCGUUGAAGCCGGGAGAUUACCCCAACACCGUCCCGGCAUUCCCCGUCCAAACACAAGCCCAGACAUGCCGGCUAGACCUCUCCGACGAGCUCUUCGGCGGCGUCAGCGCGGCUUGCGGUGGCCGUGACCUUGACCGGAGCCGAUGCUGCCCGGUUUUGGCUGCAUGGCUCUUCGCGGCUCACGCUCGCUCGGCUUUGCAAGUCACCUCGGCGGCUCCACCGGCCAGCUCCGAUAUGCCUAUGAUGCCGGAUGACUCCCAAAAGUGUGUCAACUCUCUCCAGACCUCGCUGAUCACGUCGCUGAGCUGUCCGGCGGCUUUUAAUCUCACCGGCUACCGGAAUGCCACGCCGAUGGCCGCCGUCAAGAAUUUGGAGAAGAAUUGCCGGAACUCUUCUUACGCUGGGUGUACUAAGUGCCUUGGUGCUCUCCAGAAGUUAAACGGCGACAGUAAGAAUGGAACGCACAAACAGGUCAACGGCGACGAAGACGGCCGGGCGACCAAAAUGUUGAGCCGGGAUUGCCAGCUGAUGGGGCUGACGUGGCUGCUAGCGAGGAACAAAACGGCGUACAUUCCCACCGUCUCAGCUGUGCUCCGGGCGAUAAUGUACAGUGCACACCCGCCGCACGAUGCAAAAUGCAGCCCGGAUCAAGAAAACAUGCCGCUGGCCGUGGAUUCGCUGCAGAUGGAGAAAACGGAGUCGUCGUCGGCGGCGGCCCGGCCGUCGGCGAGGAUUAGUUUAUUAUUAACUUCGACCCGGUCAACAAUGAUCAACUACUUUUUGUUCCCGGUUUUACCACUAAUCAUCAUCGUCAUGGGAUCUUCUUUAUCCGUGUGA